GCCCCCUCGCGCAGCCGUCAUCAGUGGAGCUGGACCGGAGCAGCUCAGCAGCAACAACCAGCCGCUGGCUGCUCCUCUGUGCUGCGCGAAGACUCGGCGCAGCCAGGCGCCUCUGCCCGUCACCCCUCGCCGCUACCAACAUGGCCUCCGACGGCAUGGACGAGCGCUCCCCGCUGCUGUCGGGCCCCAACUCCGACAACGUGACCCCCACCGCUCCCCCGUACCUGCAGGACUCGAGCCCCCGAGCCGAGCUACCUCCUCCGUACACGGCCAUCGCCAGCCCCGACGCCGGCGGCGUGCCCGUCAUCAACUGCCGCGUGUGCCAGUCGCUCAUCAACCUGGACGGGAAGCUGCAUCAGCACGUGGUCAAAUGCACGGUCUGCAAUGAAGCCACACCAAUCAAGAACCCCCCAGCGGGGAAGAAGUAUGUGAGGUGUCCCUGCAACUGCCUGCUCAUCUGCAAAGACACAUCCAGGAGAAUAGGAUGUCCUCGACCAAACUGUAGACGCAUCAUCAACCUGAGCCCGGUGAUGGUGAUCCCAGAGGAGCAACCGGCCCAACCGGCACUGCCCAUCCAGCCCGAGGGGAUGAGGGUGGUCUGUGGUCACUGUGGCAACACCUUCCUAGGCAGCGAGGACGCCAGGUCAUCUCAGCCGAUGUCUGGCCUCCCUAGCGAUGGCUCUCCCCCAGCACAGCAACAGUGGAUGGAGCUUCGAUUUAACACGCUAGCCAAGUGUCCCCACUGCAAAAAAAUAUCCUCUGUGGGCAGUGCGCUCCCUAGGAGGCGCUGCUGUGCUUACAUAACCAUAGGAAUGAUCUGCAUUUUCAUCGGAGUAGGUUUAACAGUCGGGACUCGGGACUUUGCCAGUCGUUACAACGCCACCUACGUGUCGUGGGCGUUCGCCUACCUGCUGGGCCUCAUCUGUCUGAUACGAGCCUGCUACUGGGGUGCCAUCAAAGUCAGCUACCCGGAGAACAGCUUCGCCUAGCCUGCCCGGCCCUGCACAGCAGGAACGGCUGGAACGGCUGGAACGGCAAACCCCACUUUUAGUUUUUCUUUCAAAGCGGGUGGCGUUCAGUAGAGCGGGUCGUCUGAGAGCGUCUGGGCAGGAGUGUGUUGAAGACGUGUCACGCGUGCUGGUGUUUGCUUUUCCGGAAUGAUUGUCGAUCGGUCCUGCUUUGGUUUUCCAGAAAUCCCCCAAAUGACACAAUCAAAACCUUAAAAAAAACAACUAAAAAAUAACGGAGAUUCUUCUUAAAGGUGAACGUAGGAAUAGUAGUUUAGCAGACUGGUUGGGUUCGGCCUCUCAACCUUUUUGUUUUUCAGCAGCCUGACUAACAUGACGGCACCCACUUGAUUUCUCUCCCCGUUUCCGACCAAACCAAAAUGAGACGACGUCCUAGGAACAGUUUGCCCAUUGCACUACGAUUAUAUGCAAUUGUAUGUGUUGUCGUUUUUGCUGCUAGUUAAGCUCCAGCUACAGAAAGCUGCAUAUCCAUACUGUAUUAACCAUCUACAUUGCCUGUGUACACUCACAUAGUAUUGCUGUAUGAUUUUAACUCUCAAGAUGAUCAAUUUGAAAAGAAAUCAUCCUUAAAUGCCCAUGCGUGCCAAUUCCUCUGCCCAGUGUGACGAGCAUCGGAUCAAUAGGAGCUAGUUUUUCUAGUCUUGAGUUUUCGUGCCAUGCAGCUUUGAACUCACUACAGCAAUAAACCCUUGCUUCGUUUAUUCUAGGCUCCCUGCGGCCGCCGCUGCUUCUUUCUUUGCUUUCUCGCUGAUGGUAAAUAAUCCCCAAACACGGGGACUGACGUGCAUGUAGUUCACCUUGAGUCGCUGUGGUGCUGUGUUUUAUUUCUCUUACAGAGAGGUAGCUGACGUGUGACGUGGCUGUGUUCGCUCCUCCUGCCUGUGUGUUAGAAUGUAAACCCUCCUCCUCGUCUCUCUCCUCGCUUACAUCGCUGCUCUCUGACCUCCGGCGAGCUCUGUGCUGGCUAACGCGGCGUCCUGUCUUUUGACCUAAAACCAGUGGGCACAGAAAGUCUUCUAACUUUGUUUUGAAUGUGAUGAUAAAUCAGAACAUAACAUUAAAAAUACUCUUUGUACAUAGUUCAGAUUCAGUACUUGGAAAACUGUAGUGUGAGAUGGAAGGAAACGAUGGCUCAUGGCUCUUUUUAAAAAUGAUAAUUUAUCAAUAAAAUGCAAAGAACUGCCUGUUUUGAUCUA